UAAAGAUAAACCAGCCCCACUGGCACAUAGAGAAAUACGUAUUAUUAUUGGAAGUUACAGGAGACGCUGGAUACUAUAAAGACAGCAUAUAAUGGCGGCAGAGUUUGACGAGGAGACGUUACACGAGCUCUACACAUGGGUGGACAAAAUUCCUCUCUCUAGACCCAAAAAGAAUAUCUCUAGGGAUUUCAGUGAUGGAGUCCUGACUGCAGAAUUGGUGAAAUUUCAUUUCCCUAAACUGGUUGAAAUGCACAAUUAUGUUCCAGCUAAUUCAGCCCAGCAGAAGCUCAGCAACUGGAACACACUGAACAAGAAAGUUUUCACUAAACUGAAUUUUUCUGUACCGGAUGACGUGAUUCGUAAAGUUAUCCAGUGCUCCCCGGGGGUGGUGGAGCUUGUUCUUAAUACUUUACGACAGAAGAUCGAGGAAAAGCAGAAACAAAGCCAAACCUCAGGGGAUGCCACCAAGGUGCAGAGUCCACGAGCUGAAGCCAAUAAUCAGACCGAAGCAGGUUAUUCGACAAAACAUAAAGCUAAUGGAACAGAGGACAGCCAGCGGCCCGCUGUAAAAAGUGAUCACGGAAGUAAACCUCACCAAGGAUAUGCCCAGGCUGCCAAUUCAGAUGUCACGUUCCGCAUACAGCUGGCCGAGAAGGAGCAAGCUUUGAUGGCAUCUCAGGAAAACGUUCAGAUCCUGCAGGUGAAAUUGCGCAGAAUGGAACAACUCCUUCAAAUGAAAAAUGUCCGAAUUGACGAUUUGACUCGGCGACUGCAAGAAGCUGAGAAAAAAUGAACGUGGGUCCUGCCAAGUGUUUUAUUUCUAUUUUUAUUUUUUUAUCACAGAUAUACACUUAAAUCAGUACUAUAAAUGGCAGAAUUCCCUGUCAUACUAUAAAUAUAUCCGUACGGACAGAGAAAGUCUUCUUCUCGGGGAAACAAGAUCUUCCUAAAAUGAAUAAACAACAAUUGAGCAAU